AUGACAGCGGGGGAACCCGUUUUCGUGCUUCGCACGGAUCCGGAAGGGCUCGGCGAUGCAACAGAGGGAUUCACAGGGAGGGAUGGGGGCACUCCGCGCGUCGGCAUCAGCAGCAACGCCGGCCUCGCUGGUUCCCGCAGCGCGAACGCGAAGCACGCGAAGCAGUUAUCUCGCCAGCAGUCUCCCUCCCGUUCCCGUAGUCCGCGCAAUCUUCCGUUAAGACGCCUCGCUUCUACAGGAUCGGCCGGCAGCGCUUCUAUGUCCUCGUCUCCUUCUCUCGCCCACUCCACCACGAUAACCAUCGGCCCGCCUUCCCCCGCUGCCUCCUCCGCCUCCCCAUCCCGGGGGAAGAAAUUUUCCCGCGCCACUCUCGGGGGAGGGCUAGGCGGACACAACUCCCCCUCCGCCGGUCGCCGGCCGUUCUCCGCGACCGCGGCGCCGGGAAGCUCGCCGAAGCCGCCGCGGUCUUCGCCAGCGGCGGCACCGGGCGGUAACCCGUUGGGGGAGUGGGAGCUGAUGUGGCGCGAUGCGGUGACGCGCACGGAAGCGAGCGCGCGGGGAUUAGUGGGUCCGCUUCAGCGGGGGGCGGAGGAGGCUCCCGCGCGGAUCCAGCGCGGAGUGAUGGAAGGCGCAGUGGCGAUCGGCGGAGUGGCGAAUGCGGUGAAGGUCCGCGCGCAGGCGACGGCGAAGGCAGCGUUCGGGUUAUUGGACCGGCUGGACGGCGAUCGCCUGCACUGCCCGCGCUGCAAGGGGUCGGGGCUGCUCUCCCCCUCGCAGGCCUGGUCGCGCCUGCUGCGCCCUGCACCCUCCGCCACCAACGAGCCCUGCUGGUUCUGCCAAGGCAUAGGCGUGAUGCCCAUCUUCGACCUCUCAGGCUUCCUCGUGGCGCGCUGCCCGCCGCUCGUCUCCUCCCGCCACGCCUCCUCCGCCACGCUCCGCUUCUCCUCCUUCCAGCUCUUCCUCGGCAAGUUCCCCGGCACGCGCACGCGCCUUGUCACCUCCCGCCUGCCCCGCAUGCUGCGCCACGCCAUCUUCGCCCCGGCUCAUGGCCCCUUCUGUAAUUCCUCCCAGGACGAGGCUGUUCGCGCCUUCUGCUCCAGGGGAGACCCCUCGUCUUCCUCUUCCGCCUCCCAUGCCUCGGAAUCCCCUGCUGCAAGGACGGCCGCAGCAGCAGCGGCGGCAGCGGCAGCUGCGGCGGCAGGCUCUCCUGCUGCUCCUGGCAGCGCCCUAUCCCCCUUGAGCUUUGGCCAGUCGUCGCAGGACUCUCAGGACUCUCAGGACAAGUCUCCCAAGGCUAGUCCCAGGCGCAGUAAGUGGCAGCAGCAGCAGUGGCAGCAGGAGCAGCAGCAGGGUAGGGAGGGCAGCGCACAGCUGGCUCAGGAGCAGCCGCAGCAGAAGCAGCGGCGGCAAGGAGGAGCGGGGUGCAGCGGAGGGAGAAGCAGAGGCAGGAGAGGAGGGACUGGAGGUAGACUAGGGGCGUUGCAGAGCAGCACAGCAGGGAUGGGAGGGGCAGGAGAUGGCAGUGGGUUAGACGAGGAGGCUGCAGGAGGGGCGGGUGAGUUCUGGGCGGCAGGGGGCGGGGGCGGGGGCGAGAUUGGGCAGCAGAGUCCACGAUCGCGGUCGCCGCGGAGGGAGAGGAACAAAGUGCGGGAGAAGGCGGAGCGGCAGGCGGUGGAGAGGGCGAAGGUGAUGCAGCGGAGCAGCAGUGGGAGGGGCAGCAGCGCGGGCAUUGGAGAGACAGCAGAGGCUCUGGAAGGAGACUCGCAGGGCGGAGCAAACGACCUGUGGUGGAUAGUGGGUGCGCGCAUCCGUGCUGCAGGCUCCUCCUUUGCUCCAUCCAUGGACUUCCCCUCCUCCCACACCACCAGCUUCAGCCUCAUUCCCUCCACCCCUAGAGCCACUCAGGCAAGCAACGCCGACAGCAAGAAGCCGUCUGAGUGA